CUCCUCCGUGUCUCACGUGCAUCACCGCGCGCUCCUCUCAGAUGAGGGAGGAGAAUGAGACAGAGCCGAUAUAAGAGCAUCGAUCCGGGGUUCAGACGCGAUGGAGCGGGUGAUGGAGCGCGUCGCUUUUGGGUCGGUUCUUCUUGUGUGUCUGGUGUCUGGUGCAUCAGCUCUGCUCCACACAGCCAAUCCACACGCUGUGUGUAAGUCAUGUGACCCUCAGCCGGCGAUCUGCAAGUCGUAUCAGUGCAUCGCGAACUGCAGCUUCCCAAAGGUCUGCCCGAAUCCAGAUGACGUCUGCGCCGCCGUCUGGUGGAGGGAGGAUGGAGUUGUGAUGGUGGAGACGAUGUGUCAUGACCCGAUGCAGCCGCUGUACGGCGUGAAGCUGGACAACUUCAGCAGCUCAGACUGUGUGCUGACCAUCAGAUUCGUGAAAGGGCGUAUCCUCCGUCUGUGUGCCUGUACGGGACACGAGUGCAACGAACACAUGCUGCUCAACAAACCUGAUAACGACUACGAUUUAGUUCUAUUGCGUACUUCAGAAACGAAAGUCUUCAGACUCCCUCAGCUCUGUAAGUUCUGUGACGUUGAAUCCACGGCGUGUAACGCCACCGGCGUCUGCGAAUCCUCGUGUAACAUCACCUCCAUCUGCGAGAAUCCCGACGAGGUGUGCGUCAGCGCCUGGAGGAGAAGUGAAGGGAACGCCAUCAUCGAGACGGUGUGUCACAAUCCGGCGCUCCCGUUUUACGGCCAGUAUCUGACGGACUACAACAACACCGUCUGUCAGAUGAAGCAGGUGGAGGACAUGAAGGAGGAGUUUUACAUCUGCUCCUGCAAUGAGGAAGAGUGCAACGAUCGGCUGUUCUUCACUGACGUUUCAUCUCCUCCAGGAACCGAAUCUCCUCUCAGUAAGAGGAGUCUCCGAUCGGUGCUGUUGGUCAGUCUGUUUCCCGUCCUGAUCGCUGUCGUCGUUCUCCUUUCGGCCUUCUACUGCUUUCACAUGUUUCACCAGCACAACCUCAAAGCGCCCAAAACCAAAGGCAUCGACAGCGAGACCUGCGCGAUCAUCGUGAGCGACGACGACCGAUCCGACAGCAGCUCGGCCAACAGCCUGAACCACAACACCGAGUUACUCCCGAUCCAGCUGGACGCUAUUGUGGGGAAAGGCCGCUUCGCUGAAGUCUACAGAGCCAAACUCAAGCAGGGAGCGAAGGACGAAUCCUUCCAGAAGGUAGCGGUGAAGAUAUUUCCGUACGAAGAAUACGCCUCGUGGAAAACCGAGUGGGAGAUUUUCUCAGACACUGAGCUACGGCACGAAAACGUGCUUCAGUUUCUAACCGCCGAGGACCGGAAGGCCGAGCAAUGCUAUUGGUUGAUAACAGCCUAUCACGAGCGAGGAAACCUGCAGGAGUUCCUGACGCAGCACGUGAUUGGCUGGGACGAGCUGUGCCGAAUGGGUGGGUCUCUGGCGAGGGGCGUGGCUCAUCUCCAUGCUGACCGGACUCUGUGCGGACGCUCCAAAGCGCCCAUCGCACACCGGGACCUGAAGAGCGCAAACGUCCUGGUGAAAGCAGACCUCAGCUGCUGUCUGUGCGACUUCGGUCUCAGUCUGAGACUCGAUAACUCCAUGUCUCCUGAAGAACUGGCCAACAGCGGACAGGUGGGAACGGCCAGAUAUAUGGCUCCUGAGGUGCUGGAGUCCAGGAUGGACCUGGAGAACAUCGAGUCCUUCAAACAGGCUGACGUUUACUCCAUGGCUCUGGUUCUGUGGGAAAUCACGUCCAGAUGCAGCGCCAUCGGCGAUGUGCGGGAAUACAAGCCUCCGUUCGGGAAGCUGAAGGAUCAUCUGUGUGUGGAGAGCAUGAAGGACGACGUCAUCAGAGACGAACUGAGACCUGAGAUACCGGCCAGCUGGACUAACCACACGGGCGUCCAGCUGCUGUGCUCCAGUAUAGAGGAGUGCUGGGAUCACGACCCCGAGGCGCGUCUGACGGCGCAGUGCAUCGUGGAGCGAUUCAGUGAAAUCAGCAGCACCAUGAUCUCAGUCAGCUCCGACGACAAGAGCGCACAGGAUUCUGGGAACUAUGAGAAAUAGAUCCGAACCGCAGACCCCCGACGUGUGACAUUUGCACUUUACAGGAACAACUGAACACCAAACACAUGCUUGUGUACAGCACAGGUGACGUUUAUUUAGCUAUGAACUCAUACUUAAUAUCCAGAUGGUGUAUGAUGCCAGUCGCUCGUUAUGAUCAUUAUAAGCUUCAGGGAAAAUCUGCUUCGCUGACGUGAAACAGUCAAAGACAGAGAGGAACAUGAGUCCUGACGCAAAGGAUUCUGGGAAGUGCAUCAAGAGACCAAGUAAAGUGCCAGUAUUAUAAAUCCCCAAGAUGAUUAUGAGCGAUAAAGCAGACCGAAUCCAGCUGAUUUAAGUGUUUAUUAAAGAAAAAUACAGAAGAUGUGAGCCAAAGAUGAUCCAGAUUAUGAAAUAUGAAUUCUGCUGUAUUUGAGACUCUCAGGUGAAGCUGUUUGUUUAUUAAAUGUGAAAAUACCAUCUUUUACAGACUUUUACACACGUGCCUUACAGAGCAGAGAUUGAUUUCGAUUAAGUGUUGAUCUAAUUCUUCCAGGCAAGUAUAAAAGCCAUGAAAAUGAGCAUAUUUUAGUAUAUAAUCAUUGCAUACAUUUGUUUAAAAACUUUAUAAAACAUCAUAAAUCAUU